AUGCUCUUUGGCACAUGCGGCCCCCAGAGCGACGCGCCGUCGCCUCUUACGCGUUGGCUGCGUCGCAUCCUUUCCAAGCGCGAUACACGAUGUACGUGCCACCGCUUGCAGACCGCCCCGCGCUCGACGAGCCACAAGCGCAACCGAUUCUCGUCUCUCGUGCGGAUUCCAGACAAGUACAAGCACAGCGCAGAAAGCCAAGACCACAUUGUGGGCGGUCGGCGCGUGCCGUAUAUUCCAUCGCAAGUCUCCCAGUGGAAGGAGACGCGCAAGUCGUUUGCGUCCUACAACCCGAUCGACGAGGAGGUCGUGUGCGCGUUUUGCGAGUCGAAAAAGAACAAGCCGACGCCGUCGUCGAGCGACAACAGCAACAAUGAGGACGACGACGAUGACGACUACUAA